GAUCAAGCAUUCAUAUUUGUUUAUUGAACCUUUCGAGCCAAUUGUGCAUGGAACUUUUGGUGUCGAUCAAUAUAAAUUUUGGUAUAUAAUAGAUCAAAUAAGAGACUUUUUUAGUGAAAUAAAGUCAGGAUAUCGUGGGUUCGGACAUCCAGAUUAUGAUGGUCGUGGAUUCGGGUAUUCAAAAUAUGAUCUAUUGCACAUUGCUAAGCCGUUUUAUGAUCCAAUUACUCCAAAAGCGAAAAAUUUAGAAGCUUGGAAGGAAGAUUGGAAGAAUUACAAUCAAGAAUUGUACAAUAAGAUGGUCCAAGAAAAACUUAAUUUGAACUGGAUUGAAUUUUGUAGCAGAUUUAAUCAAUGUAAAACGUUAGAAACAAUUCCAAAUGAAAACUAUUCAAAUAUUUACUCAAUAACAACAUAUUGGAGGAAAUCAUAUGACAAUUUGGCUUUGAUAUUCGAAGAUAAUAUUCCAAAAGAAAAAAUACUCGAAAAAUUGAGAUGUUCAAACAUUAUGAUUAAUUAUUUUCAAGAAGCUAAUAAUGAAGAUAUUUUGAAAUUAACAAGUUGUUUAAAGGAAGAUAUGUAA